GUAUAAGGACUACACAGAUAAACUAAAGAAACAGGGGUGUUUCCGUAAAUAAGUAUAGUUCAGUUAUAAGGGUUUGUUCUCUCUCUCUCUUCCCCGCCUCCCCCUCCCUCUCUUUGCACUCGGCGCAAGCUCAUCAUUUUCAUUUCAAAGGUGAAGAGUCCAUAGAGUAUGGGAGCAUCAGAGGUUCUAACUGAUCCAUCAAGCCUAUAUGAUGUGGGCAACGGUGAAUAUUCGGACACGUAUACAAUGCUUACCGUGAGAAACGCACUUGCAUCUGUUCAGAAUGGCGAAUCAGAACGUUAUGAGGAGCUUGUUCAGUCUAUGCAGAUCAUCAAAGGAGCUGAUCAUGCUGUGUGGGCAGAUCUUGUGACUAUCUUGAACGCUUUAUCAGGCUCUGUGGCUUGCAUAGAUAUCAUUAACCAUCGGAAGCUUCUUUCUUCGGUUUUUGGAAUGUCAUUGUGGGAUCUCAAACCUCAUGUCAUGGAGGCAUUGGUGGGCUUACUCAUAUCACUGGCUGCUACUAGUGGAAAGUAUCUGGACUCUUGUCUGAAUAUGCUCAUAGGGCACUUCGUUCCACCGCGUUGGGUGAUUGAUAGACUUUCGCAGCGCCGUGUAAUCGACCAGAAGACAGACGUUCUUUCCCAGGUUCAUGGAGCCAUUCUGAAGAUCUCACUUUUGGUUCCUCUUGCUCCUUCGAGAUUAUUGCCCAUGCUCGCUCAGCAGAUGCCCAAAAUAAACAAAAAGGACAAUGUGGUAGUGAUGUAUGUGGAGAAUUUAUUCAAGUUGGAGAGUAGCCCAAUCGGGCAAGUUGGUAGCAGCAUGCUUUUUAUGAUGGUGAUGGAGCGGUUGAGAGAUUUGGAUCUGGAGAUUGAUUGGGAUGAUAUUCUACAAGAUGACUCUAGUAGAGGCAUGUUUGAUAUGGAACUUGAAGACACUAUGAAUGAAGGAGAAGAGAAUACGUCAGGUGGAAAUGUUGUUUUUGAGUCUUUGGACAAGUUGAUGGUCAUAUCUUUUGAUCAUCUUGAAUCAUGUAAUCUUGAUGGUCGUUUGGAUCAGGUGUUUGAAAAGCUCUUUGGGGCAUUUGAGAACUUCAUUCUGAAUACAUACAAAUCAAAAGUUUCGCAGUUUCUGAUGUUCUAUGCAUGUUCACUGGAUCCUGAAAAUUGCGGUUUGAAAUUUGCGAGUAAGCUGAUGGACAUUUUUCUCUCCAGCAACAAGCCUCGACCCACUAGGAUGAGUGCAGUUGCUUAUCUAGCUAGCUACUUGGCUCGUGGAAAGUUUUUGCCUGUCUCCUUUGUGGCGAGCGUGUUAAAAAGGUUGGUAGAUGAGUGUGCGGAUUACUGUAGAACUUGCAAUGAUGAUAUUAGGCCUGAAGCACAUCAGAUUUUCUACUCCGGAUGUCAGGCGAUCAUGUAUGUGCUUUGCUUCCGGAUGAGAUCCAUCCUAAACGUUCCUCUCUUUCGCUCCCAGCUUAUACCAUUGGAGUCAAUUUUAAUGCACAGACUAAACCCAUUGAUGGUAUGCCUUCCAUCCGUAGUUGCAGAGUUCCUUAAGCAAGCUAAAGCAGGUGGCAUGUUCGUAGUCUCAGACGCCUUCAUUUUCGAUGACCUACUUGAGUCUGAGCUCUCCCGUGCGUUUGGAGGGCCUGAGAGGCUUGAUACAUUCUUCCCCUUUGACUCUUGCUUGCUGAAAAGCUCUAACAGCUAUAUCUCCCCGAAUUUCAUCUACUGGUCAAUGGUGAGACCGACUUAUGAAGAAGAUGAUGAUGAUGAGGAGGAUGCUGAGAUAAUUGUGAACGGGGAUGAGGAGAGUGAUGAAGAGGAGGAGGAGGGUGAUCUUGAUUACUCCAUGAACAAGAUGUCCAUAACGCCUAAGCACUCUUUCAAGAACAAGAUGGAAAGAGACGGACUUCUGAAAAUGCCUUCCAUGAUCAGACCUUCCAUUAGUCCUCAAUCCUUUUGAGUUUGUGGAGAGGGUCUCAGUAAGCAUUUUUGUAGCAGUAUCUAAAAGUGAUUUGAAUCGACUCAGAACUUUCUAAUAUAUGAAACCAAUGUUUGUUUUGUCCUAAA